AUGGUUCUCAGCCGACGGGAUGCAUGGACUCUUCCACCUCCUCCUCUACCUCCUCUACCUCCGCCACCACCUCCUCCUCUACCUCCGCCACCACCUCCUCCUCUACAUCCUCCACCUCUACCUCUUCCACUCCUCUUCCUCCACCUCCUUCUUCUCCCCCACUCUCUUCUCAUCUACAUCUCCCCCAUCUCCACCUUCUCCUCCUGCAACUACUCCACCUCCUCCUCUACCUCCUCCUCCUGCAAUUCCUCAACCACCUCCAUCUCCUUCUCCACCUCCUCUUCCACCUCCUAUACCACCCCCACCUCCUCCUCCUCUACCUCCCUCAACUCCUCCACCUCUACCUCCUUCCUCACCUCCUUCACCUCCCCCACCCUCUCCUCCAUCUACAUCUCCCCCAUCUCCACCUUCUCCCCACCUCCUCUACCUCCUCCUGCAAUUCCUCAACCACCUCCACACUCACCCCCUUCUCCAUCUUCUCCACCUUCACCUCCUCCUCCACCUCCUAUACCACCCCCACCUCCUCUACCUCCCUCAACUCCUCCACCAAUACCAGCCCCACCUCCUCCUCCUUCCUCACCUCCCCCAACCUCUCCUCCAUCUACAUCUCCCCAUCUCCACCUCCUCCUGCAACUACUCCACCUUGUCCUCCUCCCCACCUCCUCCUCCUGCAAUUCCUCAACCACCUCCACACUCACCUCAUCUUCUACCUCACCUCCUUCCACCUCCAUCUUCUCCACCUUCACCUCCUCCUCCACCUCCUAUACCACCCCCACCUCCUCUACCUCCCUCAACUCCUCCACCAAUACCAGCCCCACCUCCUCCUCCUUCCUCACCUCCCCCAACCUCUCCUCCAUCUACAUCUCCCCAUCUCCACCUCCUCCUGCAACUACUCCACCUUGUCCUCCUCCCCACCUCCUCCUCCUGCAAUUCCUCAACCACCUCCUCCCCCACCCCCACCUCCUCUACCACCUCCUCCUCGACCUCCUCCUCCUCAGACUGUGA